AUGGACACGCUCUCGAAAAGCAGCACACAAAGUAGCCUAAACAAUUUAAACCAAGGCGACGACAAAUACGACCAUUUAAAGGGCGCAGAAAAUAACGACAAUGAAAAUGUAGACACAGACGUGUGUGAUGAAAGUGAGAAGAAUGAGUUAUUCAAAUCGUCUCCGUCAGAAAAUGACCUAACAAGGGAGAAUCAAGAUAGUAACGGGGGUGCAAAGGAGGAGGAGCAUAAGGAGGAGGAGCAUAAGGAGGAGGAGCAUAAGGAGGAGGAGCAUAAGGAGGAGGAGCAUAAGGAGGGGGAACAUAAGGAGGGGGAACAUAAGGAGGGGGAACAUAAGGAGGAGAAAGAUAAGGAAGCGGAACAUAAGGAGGAGGAACAUAAGGAAGCGGAACAUACGGGGGAGAAAACCAUAAUAAAUGAUAGCCCCCCGGAUGGAAAAGACAAACCCCCCAAAAUGCCCAACGACCUGAUAGAUGAAAAAUUUUUAGAAGGCGAAAAUGAAAAGGAAACCAGGGAUGAUGCAAAUGCAAAAUAUAGAUAUGGCGAUUACGAAGGGGCAAUUAAAAUUUGGUUGAGAGGACUAAGGUCUAUCAGUUAUGUCCUUUCCAAAAAGGAAGAACUAAGCAGUGAGCGUUUGGAAUCAUUCCAAAAAUUACAUGCCACCUACAGUAGCAAUAUUGCUCAGGGGUUCAUGAGAUUAAGUAAAUUCUCAGAAUGUGUGAAGUUUUCCCUUAUAGCCCAAGAACAUGACAAAAAAAAUGUGAAAAUAUACUUCAGAUUGGCUAAAGGAUAUUUUAUGUUAGGCGAAUAUGACAAAGCUAUACAAGUCCUAAAUGAAGGAAUCGAAAUUGAUAACGACACAGCUUUGGUUAAUUUGUUAACCCUCGUGAAAAAAAAAAAGGAAACUUUUUUAAAAAGAGAAAAACACAUGAUGAAAUAUAUCUUUGAUCAUCUCAAGGACAAACCUGUGAUUCACGACAAGAAGUUUUCCAAUUCGUUUUUCAGAGCUGUCUAUUCAAUAGUAUCUCUGCUUCUCAUGUUUGUGUAUGCAUUCUUCGUUCGCUCCUCCAGCCUCUUAGCUCGCAUCUUUAAAAAAGGCAAAAUAAAGAGUGGCUAA